AUGAAAUCAAAAACAGACGCAGUUCCUGUAAAUACAAUUUCCAAUAAUCAUCAUCAACCAAGUUCAAAAAUAACAACAACAAUUGUCUCUCGAAAAGAAAAAAAUUCAAACCAUCACCGUCAUCAUCAGAGUCAUUAUUCUUCUUCUGAACAUCAUCACCCAAAUUUAAAUUUUUCUACAAAAAAUCAUCCAUUUUCUUCUCCUUCAUUAAAACCAAAUCUAUAUAAGUUAUCAUUACAGUUAACAACAGAAUUAGAUAUUCGAAAAUGGUGGGAUAAUGUGAUUGAAAUUUUCACUUCAUCUUAUUGUGCCACUCGUAUCCUAUUAUCAGUACCUCACGAUUUAACCGAUACUACAAAUACUCCUUGGGCAUUGGAUACUCCUUGUUUGGUUGAUCUGGAAGAAGGACAAUAUAAUAAAAUUGAACAGCAACAACUUUCACCUUGGAGUCAAUCCCCUAUUAAAAAAAAAUAUGUUGCUGACAAAAAUUUAAAUCCUUUCUUUCUAUCUUUACCAGAAAUUGAUGAUGAUUCUUUCAAUCCCCCUUCAUCAUCACCACAUUUUUCUUCCUCAUAUUCCACAUCAGAUACAUCAAAUAUAUCAGAUUCAUCAAAUAUAUCAAAUUCAUCAAAUUCAUCAAAUGCAUCAAAUACAUCAAAUACGGAUUUAUUUUCAAACUUCCAAUCUUCAUUUAAUUCGAUCACAAAUAAUAAUUGUUCCAUUGUACAUAUUCCCCUCAUUCAUCCAACAACUGUAAAAAAUGUUGCUUCUACAAAUGCGAAUCAUGCACCUGUACCAAUUGCUAUUCUUUCAUUUCUUUCCUACACUGUACCAUAUCCUCAAGAACUAUUAAAAUCCCUUAAAGUAUUAGCUCCUUUCUUAGCAACAACUCUAUCCGUCUCUAUGAUAUAUCAACAAUCUGAAAAAUCUUCUUAUAUAACUUCAAUUAGUAGCAAUAAUAGUAACAGAGAGAGAGAAAGACGUCGUCGUGAUAGUCAACGAAGUCAACGAAGAGAAUAUUCCACAUCUUCAACAAAUUCUUCAAGAUGGGAUUAUUCUGCUGUAUUUUCUAUUAAUGGUCGUAGUCCAGUUGAUAAUGAAUAUACUUCAAUAACUGAUGGAUUACCAUAUGUAGAUUAUACUAUUCCUUCAACUUCACAAAAACCAUUAAAGAAAGACAGGAGUUCUUUACCUGCUGAUUUUCAUAAAAGACGUCGAUCAAGGCGAACUUGUGAAUGUACUUGGGUAAAUGUGAGAUUGUUAAAAUAUACUAAUCGUCAUAUUGAUGACUUGUUAGGACAUGGAUGGAUUGAUGUAGUACAUCCCGAUGAUAGACAAAGAGUUUGGGAAAUGUGGGAUAAAACUUUUACACGUGGUGAAGGGGCAAGUUCUGAAUAUCGUAUGCGUAGAUAUGACGGACAAUAUCGUUGGUUCUUGGGUCGCGCGGGUCCUUUGCGUGAUGCAAGGGGUGUUAAUAUUCGUUGGUUUGGAACUUGUACUGAUGUUCAUGAUCAAAAAAUGGCUGAACAAAUUCAGAGUCGACAACAUCAUAUUGAAGCUAAUGAAAAAAAAUAUCGACUUCUGGCCGAGGCAAUUCCACAAAUAGUUUUUACUGCAACUUUAAAAGAUGGAAUAUUAUACGUUAAUAAUAAAUGGUUAAGUUAUUCCGGUCAAAAUGAAGAACAAGCAAAAGGUCUCGGAUUUAUAUUACAUGUUCAUCCCGAUGAUAGAUAUCGAUGUCGUUUACCAGAAGAAAAAGAAGGUGGUACAUCGGCUGAAAUGAGUUACACUACAGAAGUACGUUUAAUGCGAAGUGAUGGAGAGCAUCGAUGGUUUUUAGUAAAAUGUAUAAGUGUUGAAGAUUAUGCUCACGGUCGUAAAUGGUUUGGUACAUGUACGGAUAUUAAUGAUCACAAGAUAGUAGAACAAAAACUUAAAGAAGCACAUGAUGCUGCAAAAAGAUCAACGGAGAGUAAAACAAGAUUCUUAUCAAAUAUGUCACAUGAAAUUCGAACACCACUUAUUGGUAUUACUGGGAUGAUUAAUUUCAUGUUGGCUACCACUUUAACAGUAGAACAACUUGAUUAUGCUCAUACCAUACAACAAUCUGCUGAUGCAUUACUUUUAGUAAUCAAUGAUAUUUUGGAUUUGAGUAAAGUUGAAGCAGGAAUGAUGAAACUCGAAAUGGAACCUUUUUCUGUUCAUAAUAUGAUUGAAGAUGCCAAUGAAUUACUUUCAACCUUAGCUAUACAAAAAGGUCUUGAAUUAAGCUUUAUUGUAGAAGAUAAUGUUCCAGAAGUUAUUUGUGGUGACAGAAUUAGAUUACGACAAGUAUUAUUAAAUGUUAUAGGGAAUGCUAUCAAGUUCACAUCAAAAGGUGAAGUCUUUUCUCGAUGUUCAUUGUAUUCAACCCAACAAGCCGAUACUUGUGAAAACGAGAUAAAGUUAUUAUUUGAGGUUGUUGACACUGGUGAUGGUUUUGAUUCCGAUGAAGAAGCAGUUAUGUUUAAACCAUUUUCUCAAGUUGAUACUUCGUCUACGAGAAAGCAUGGUGGUAGUGGAUUAGGAUUAGUUAUUUCUAGACAACUUAUAGAAUUACAUGGUGGAGAAAUGUUUUGUAAAAGUAAAAAAGGUUUUGGAUCGACUUUUUACUUUUCGGCUAAAUUUAGUGUUCCACCUGAUUCUACAACACCCCGUCCACCAACUCCAACUUCAGAAGUUUGCAAUUCUCCAUUUUUCCGCGUUGAAAUUUUCGAACCUAAUUCUAAUGACAAUUCUCAAAUAUUUCAAACAAAUAGAACUUCUUCAAAUAAUUCUUCUAGGCCUAGCACGCCUUUAUUUAAGAAUCGUAAACCCUUACAAAUCGAUUUACCUCGUACAGUAUGUGUUCUUAUUGUAGCGGAAUUACCUCGUGCUCGAGAAACACUUAUACAUUAUGUACGAUCCAUACUUCCUAAAAUCCCUCCACCCGCCAUCGAUAUAUGUUAUGAUUAUAAUGAAGCAACCAAUCGAAUUAAUGCAACACCACUUAAAUCUUAUACACAUAUAUUUUUAAAUUUGGCUUCACAACCUCAAAUUAUUUCUUUAGCUUCUAUAAUUAAACAUGCCAUGCAUCUUUCAUUAACAGUUACGGUGAUAUUAACUACACCAAUUCAACGAGCCGGAAUAGUGGAAGGAGCACAAAAUGAUUUACCGGAACGUGUCGAAUUUAUUUUUAAACCUUCUAAUCGAAGUAAGAUGGAAGGUCUCUUUGAUGUUACUACCACAGUAAGAGAUAAUUUCUUGAAAAGAAGAAAUACACAUAAAAUUGCUGCGAAUCAAAAGGAGGUUUUUAAACGUAUGGCAGAUGAUGUUGGUAAUAGAGGUUUCAGAGUUUUGCUUGUCGAAGAUAAUUUUGUUAAUCAAAAAGUGAUGACGCAAUAUCUUACCAAAGUCGGAUUGGAUGUUGAAAUCGCCAAUAAUGGAGAGGAAUGUUUAGAAAAAUUUUAUUCAUAUCCACAUAAUUAUUAUUCUCUAAUCUUGUGCGAUUUGUUCAUGCCAGUAAAAGAUGGAUAUGAAACAACAGCAGAAAUUAGAGCAUGGGAGGCAAAAAAUUUGACCGAUGAAGUACCAGUACCAAUAAUAGCUCUUUCAGCGAAUGUGAUGUCAGAUGUAUCGAGUAGAUGUUUAGAAGUUGGAUUUACCAAUUACAUUAGUAAGCCUGUCAACUUUGCUACGUUAAGCGAUGUUAUAAGAGAUUUAUUGUUAAUUAAGGGCGGAUAG